AUGUGGGAACUUACAACGGGUUGUAAACCUUUUGCUGAUGUUGAACAUAACAUUAAUCUUAUUUAUGAAAUUAUUGAUGGAAAACGACCUGAAAUUACAAAUGAUACUCCUGAAUGGUUUGCUAAUUUAAUGAAACAAUGUUGGAAUUCUGUUCCUUCAAAAAGACC